CUUCUGUGAAAUCAAACCGUCCACUUAGGAAGCAACACUGAUUGACAAUACAUUUCACAUGCUGUUGUGCAAAUGGAAUAGACAACAGGUGGAAAUUAUAGGCAAUUAGCAAGACACUCCCAAUAAAGGAGUAGUUCUGCAGGUGGCAACCACAGACCACUUCUCAGUUCCUAUGCUUCCUGGCUGAUGUUUUGGUCACUUUCGCAAAUAGCGCUAGUAGCAGAGAUCCAGAUUCAGCACCAUGGAUAGCGGCCAUCGGAACCACCCACGAUCUGACAUUUGAGAACCACAAGACUGGACAGCGGCUGAUACCUCCUGGUGAUCCUGUUGGAGUCAUGUCCAACCUGGUCACCAGGAAGGAUCAGCCAGUCAUGAAAAAUAAAAUGUACUACUUCAAUAUGGAGAUAUCCUCAAUGGCGCUGCCCAUGCUGCCACAGACACUAUAAUGGCACUGAUACAAAGAUGAGUCCUGAAUCUAUCUCUAUGAUUAUUCUUCAAGUGAUUCUCCCAGCUGCCAUUGACGUUGCUCCAGCUUCAGCCAGCCACUGUCCACAGUCUUGAAGUUGGAACUCCCACCAAGUUGACAACAUUAAAAUGGCCCUCAAUGGCGCUGCCCAUGCUGAUAUAGCCUUUUGGCUACUAGAGUCCUCUUUCAUUCUCUAUGAAAUAAUAGGCAACUGGGCCUGUACAGGAAGUAGCCAAAACCUAAACGAACUCUCUUGUUUCAGCUAGCCUGGGUGUCUAUUUCUACUCUCUUGUGAACUCUAAAUGCCAUAACUCCUUAUUGAAUUGGCAUGCCAAGUGUUGGCUUAACAAUGACAGCACUGGAGUUGACAUGAGCACAAACCAAUCUGGUACCAGGGUAUGUUUGGUGUGAAAUAUUUUCAUUAAACCUUUUAGAUGGGUGCAGAUGUAGGAGAGAAUAAAGUACUUUUUUAUACUAUUGGGAUGCACACAUAGAAAGUCUCUUCGUCUCCCAAGACCAUCGAGGUUACCAUCGGUAGCCUAAUUCGCUCUAAACAGGAAUUUAAACCGCUCAGACUUCCCAGCACUUGGUUUGGGCGUUUUAGCACAACCCCGUGACUGUUUCUCUCCCAAAUUACUGGGUGAUUUCUGUUCAUCCAUAUCCCUCUUGCCCUAUAUGUUGACUUUCAACAAACGAGCGAGCGUGCUGGAGUGACGCGGAUAGAGCCCGCGGGCGGUGGCGUACACUGUUGAACCCAACCUGCUGAUUUAAAAGAAACAGGGACAGCAAAUACUGGGCACAUACACUGGGGAGAUACGACUAACUAUGGCGAGGAUGGCGUCACGUAGCCUGGGGCUGCAUGUAGCUCACAAACAGGACGCUGCCAGAAGCGGAGCUGUGGAGAGGAGGAAUCUACUGACUGUCUGCAGGGCUGCGGUUUAUUUUCAUGGCGAGGUGGUGUAUCUCAUCUCCAAGCCAUGGUUGGUGACAGGUUUUCAGUGAAGACGUUGAUUGACCGCUCCUGUUUAGACACGAUAGACGACUCCUCUCCAGAGUUCACCAACUUCGUCUCCAUCCUGGAACAGAUUCUCAGUCACAGACUCAAAGGUCAGACUACGUGGUUUGGUUAUGAGACUCAUCGUAGUUUCUGGGAUUAUGUAAAAGCAGCCUGCAGUAAAGUCUCUCCCAGCUGCAUCCACAGCAUUGAGAGCAUGGAGAAUGUCCGCUCCUCCAGAGCUAAGGGUCGGGCGUGGAUCAGGCUGGUGCUGAUGGAGAAGAGGCUGUCUGAGUACAUCUCCUCCGCCCUGAGGGACUUCAAAACCACCAGGAAAUGGUAUGAGGAUGGGGCCAUCAUGCUAGGUGAGGAGGCGGGGCUGCUAGCAGAUACACUCAUCGGUCUCAACACCAUUGACUUCAGCUUCUGUCUGAAAGGGGAGGGGCUGAAUGGAAGCUGCCCAGCGGUGAUUGACUAUAUGCCUUAUCUGAAGUCGUUUCAGAGAGAGAACAGCAUCAGCAGUGACGAGGAGGAGUUGAGGACCCUGGGGAGCAGCGGCAGCGAGAACAUCACCCCUGAAAAGAUGGCCGCCAGCACUGCGGAGGCCAUCUUAACUGAGCAGAGCAGCUGGGUCUGCAGGUGUAAACGACUCGAGCAGAAAUACCGCAUGGCACUGGAACAGAAGUGUUAUCUGGAAGAGAUGGUUCAUCUGAGAGAGGCCCAGCUGUCUCAAAUGAUUCCUCAGAACAAAGCUCUUCAGCAGAGACUAACAGACACACACCUCUCACACACACUGGAGAAGGAACAACUAGAAUACAUCGUGCUGGAGCUCCAGGACCAACUGAAGAAUUUCCAGAGUCUAGAGCAGCUGUCCCAGACCUCUCUGGAGCCCUCACACACACUCAACCUGGACACUAGACCAGCCAGCUCACACUGGCACCACCAUGGGAAGGAGGACAUCCCCUCUCUGAUAGGUCUGUGUGGGUCUCUGCAGUCAGUAGCCAGCAAUAAGUCCCUGGCCAGCCUGAAGUCCAGUGAGUGUCUAGCCAGCCCCACCACAGAGAUGACCAGUCCUGACCUCACCCCAUCCUAGAACCAGAGACCAAGAGAUCCAGCACAUGGUUUGGAGAAAGAGAGCCAGAUUUGGAUCCUGCAAUUGGAACUUAGCCUUUUUGAAUAACAUUCCACCCCAUCCCCUCCUAAACCCAGAGAUCUAACUUCGUCCCCAGGCUCAAUUGAUGGAUUUACCAGGGAUGCAACACAGGUCGUAGAAUCAUACAACUGUGCAUAGAGAUUUAUUUAUUGGGAUUUCUAUGACUAAAUCACAUGGAAUCUGGAUCCAUGAACUCUGAGUUUUAAAUAAAUAUUGAAGGAACUCAUGGCUCAAAGCAUGGGAGCCGCAGUCAAUCAUUUGGAAUUUACAACCCGGACUGACCCUGGAACCAGCGCUUCAGUAAUCAGUCCUUCAAUGUAAGCGCAGAGCCGUUGGAAAAAACAGGACUGUAUUGACCAGGAGCGACCUCAUGUUUAUUUAAUUGUUUGUUGUAUAUCUGCACUGAUGGGAAAAUAACUGCAUAGUUGAAAGCCAGUUCCGGGUAGGUAUGCUGUAGGUAUACUGUUGUCACCUAUCUUAUGUGUUCAGAUCACUGCAGACCAAGGAGAAAGUCACUUGACACUAUUGGGAUGCAGACCUUUUGUGUCACUUAAAGGACUCCUCAUGAUGUAAACAUGCUCAGCAUCCCAGAGAUUGACAAAACUUGAGGAAUUGCUAUCUUUAGGAUUUAUUUAGGGAGGGGAAAAGAGUGAACGUUAGGGUUUGUUUCUCAAGUGUUAAAGCCUGUAGACUAGUGGUUCUGUUUAUGCCUCUUCAACUUGCAGGUGUUGUUGUCCUGUUACCCUGGCAACUUAAGUGAGCUCUACUAUAGAUGGCCAUGGUGGGUCUGUCUCAGCGGCCAAAAAAUACACCUCAAAGAAUGGACAUAUUUAGGUAUUGUAUUCCUGCCAGAGGACUGGACUAUCCUCAUUAUUUAUAAGUCUUUAGAGUAAUCAUGUUGGAAGUGCCUUGAAAUAUCUAGAGGAGAACACUUGCUUUUGUCUUCUGUUUCUACGGUCAAUCCUCUGGUACCUGACUUGUAGCCAUAAUCAUAUUAUUGAUGGCAUUGAAUGUAUCUCAUAAACUAUCAAAAUGAAGUCGCACACUCCAUAUAUAAACUCCGUCAUUUAUUGGGUAUUUACCAACGUUUCGGCUUCACUGUGCCUUCUUCAGGCAGUGAUGGCGACACGUUGGUAAAUAGCCAAUAAAUUACUGUGAGUUUAUAUAUGGAGUGUGCGACUUUAUUUGCCAUUAGUCAGCACCUCCACACAAACACAUUGUUCUGGGUGUGCGCCAGCGCAAUUUUUUUACAUUUAUUUUUAAAUUGACUGUAUCUCAUCCACAAUCCGUUUUGGAUUUAACCACACAGUGUUAUCUUUAUGCGUCAUAAAGGGUUUGUGUUCUCAGGAAAUGUUUCCUGUCCAACAGGGUUAGGUUGAACCGUUUGGUUAGGUUGAACCGUUUGGUUAGGUUGAACCGUUUGGUUAGGUUGAACCGUUUGGUUAGGUUGAACCGUUUGGUUAGGUUGAACCGUUUGGUUAGGUUGAACAUGAUAGUCUGUAUUGGGAUUGCAUGUUCUGUCUGACUGCGUUGAUUUAUUUUGAUCAGAGGCAUGUAGGGAAAGUGUUCAGGGUGUGUUCUGUCUGUCACUCUCUCACACACACAAACACAGUUAAUUGUAUUGCGAUAUUGCACAUUGAUUUUAUUACUUUGAUUUAUUUAUUUUCUCCUGCUAUUUUGAAUAAACUACUGUACUAAACAAUAUAUUUAGUCUUGUUUUAAAAAAAUUGUAUUCUGUACCUGUGUAUGUUUAGUACAGUAUGUUCAUUCCCCGUGUAUACACAUGGAUCUCCAUGUUUUACCCCUACCAUACCCCUAGCGUUAGAGCGGGAUGUAACGGUUAACUCAGCAGGCCCCGGUCCAAAAUAAAGUCCCUGACAGUAACAUUAAA